CCGCCGGGAGCACCCGCGCGGCCCCCGCUCCGGGUGAGGGGAGCGGAGCGGGGCACGGCGGGGAGCGGUGCCGGUGCCGCCGCCGCCGCCGCCGCCGCCGCCGCCACCAUGUCCGGGCGCGGCCACAACAAGCUGCCGACCACCGAGCGCAUCGUCAAGGCUGUCCCAUUCCCUCCCACGCAGCGGCUCACUCUGAAGGAGGUGUUUGAGGAUGGGAAGCCGAGGCUCGACGUCCUCAAGAGCCACUUGGUGAAGGAAGGGCGGCUGGAGGAGGACGCAGCGCUGAAAAUCAUCAACGACGGCGCCGCCAUCCUGAGGCACGAGAAGACCAUGAUCGAGGUGGAGGCUCCUAUCACAGUGUGUGGUGACAUCCACGGGCAGUUUUUCGACCUGAUGAAGCUGUUUGAAGUCGGAGGAUCACCCAAUAACACCCGCUACCUCUUCCUGGGGGACUACGUGGACAGAGGCUACUUCAGUAUAGAGUGCGUGCUGUAUUUAUGGAGUUUAAAGAUAAAUCAUCCCAAAACAUUGUUCCUCCUUCGAGGGAACCACGAGUGCAGGCACCUCACAGAAUACUUCACCUUCAAGCAGGAAUGUCGAAUCAAGUACUCGGAGCGAGUGUACGACGCGUGCAUGGAUACCUUCGACUGUCUUCCUCUCGCUGCCCUCCUCAACCAGCAAUUCCUGUGUGUCCACGGGGGCCUGUCUCCAGAAAUCACGUGUCUAGAUGACAUUAGGAAAUUAGACAGGUUUAAGGAGCCUCCAGCCUUUGGUCCGAUGUGUGACCUGCUGUGGUCGGAUCCCUCGGAGGAUUACGGCAACGAGAAAACCCUGGAGCAUUUUGCCCACAACACUGUCCGAGGCUGCUCCUAUUUCUACAGUUACCCUGCAGUGUGUGAAUUUUUGCAGAACAAUAGUUUGUUAUCCGUAAUCCGAGCUCACGAAGCCCAGGAUGCUGGGUACCGAAUGUACAGGAAGAGCCAGACCACGGGCUUUCCCUCGUUAAUCACAAUCUUCUCUGCACCAAAUUACUUAGAUGUCUAUAACAACAAGGCUGCUGUACUGAAAUAUGAAAACAACGUCAUGAACAUCAGGCAGUUCAACUGUUCCCCUCACCCCUACUGGCUUCCAAACUUCAUGGAUGUCUUCACAUGGUCUUUGCCUUUCGUAGGGGAAAAGGUCACCGAGAUGCUCGUGAACAUCCUCAACAUCUGCUCCGAUGACGAGCUGAUUUCGGAUGGCGACGAGACGUUGGAAGGUGGGACAACGGUCCGUAAGGAGAUCAUCAGGAAUAAGAUCAGAGCCAUUGGGAAGAUGGCACGGGUCUUCUCGGUUCUUCGGGAGGAGAGCGAGAGCGUGCUGACCCUCAAAGGCCUGACCCCCACAGGUACCCUGCCCCUGGGAGUGCUCUCGGGGGGGAGGCAGACCCUGCAGACCGCCACAGUAGAAGCGGUAGAGGCACGGGAAGGUAUGGCUAGAACCCGGCGAGAGACUCAAAUCAUCUCCGUGUCCAUCCGGGGCUUCUCCCCGCAGCACAAGAUCCGCAGCUUCGAGGAGGCGCGGGGGCUGGACCGCAUCAACGAGCGGAUGCCCCCGCGCAAGGAUUCGCUGCACUCGGACGGCCCCGUGAACUUGGUAACCUCGAACUCUGCGGACAAGAACGGCACAGGGAAGAAAUCCCAGUAACGCUCCGAGCGCCCAAACCUGCACCGCCAGAGGAUCCAAAACUUAAUGAAUUUUAUUUAUUUAUUAUCGGGGUGGGGUGGGGGCAGGGGGAGAAACCAACUUCACCUGGAGGCACGUCCAUAAAUCCAGUCCGCAUCCGUUCUGUAAGAAAGCGACCAUUUUGUAAUUUUUUUUUUUUUAUUUAUGUUCAGUAUAUAUAAAAAAAGUCCUUUUUUUUUUUUUUUUUUUUUAAAUUUAAUUUAGAAACCAAUCCAACUGCUAGUGCAUCCCGGGAAUGUUGUGCUGUCCGGCUGCCCUCCCCGAGAGGCCAAACCUCUGCUGGGGGUGAGGGGGGGGUGGUUGGAUUAAAAAAACAAAAAUCAGUCAAACCAGGCAACUUGGGUCGUUGGCUUUGGCACAAUUUGGAAUUAGCCUGAGCUUUCCAAAGCAGGUCCUUCCCUUCAGGAUACGGUUGGGUUGGUUUUCCUUUUCACUCCUGUUUUCUUCCCAGAUUUUUCCUGUUCUUUUCUUCCACCUUCUUGCCUACCUGCAGCUGCUGCUUUAGCAACCAGUUCCCUGGAAGGCAGAUUGCUGGGAUCCAUCCCACUUUUCCAAGGUGACAGCCAGGGGUAGCUCUGAAGGACUCCAGGGUUGUUACACAGCACCUUUUUUUCCUUCAGGAAUUCAGCUUUAUCCCAGUGGAGUCCCAAAGGAGAAUAGGGAGAAGGUGGGGGAAGUGCUGCCCCUCGUUGUGGCUCUUCCUCUUGGAGCAGCCAGUUCGCCAGCACAAUUCCCUUGGGAAUUGCUCUGAUUCAGAGCAGAGGAAUUAUCUCCGCUGCCUGGUGAUCCUUGGGAAAGCUGCAGAGCCUGAAUUUUAAAGGAAAAGGGGGGGAUUUAUACCGCGGAGGUUACAGCCCCCCCCCCCCCGUUACCCCGCCAGCACAGGCUGCCCAGCCCACGGCUCAUUCCCUGUUCCCGGCUGGAAUCGGCCCUUGCCGAGCAGUUUGGGGCGUGGGGGGGACAGGGUGGCCUCUGCCAGUGUCACCUCCCUGUCCCCCAGAGGGGUCUUCCGCCCACUGUGGGUGACUUUGGGCAUCACCCACCCGUGGCUGUUCCAGAGGGCAGCUCAGCCUUUCCCAGCAGCUGGAGCGGGGGUUGCUUACGAAGGUUUGGGAUGAGAUGGGUGGGGCGCCGCUGGUUUUGGGGAGAUGUGGCCUGGUGCUGGUGCCAGGGCAGCCUCCCCCCGGGCUGGGAGGCAGCGAGGGGCUGGAAGGCAGAACCGAGUGGAUCCGGCAGGAAUUUUGGCAGGGUGUUGGUGCAGUGCUGGACAGGGAUCCCGGAGGGUUCCCAGGGGACACCCCCGGGGCGUUGUCAGGGGUUUCGGAGUGGGAGCUGAGCGUUCUUUCACUCGAACUGGGCGUGCUGGGGAAGGGUUCUGUGAGAUUCCCGUUUUUCCCAUGUGAGCCGUGUCCAUUGCCUGGAGCCGAGGCAGCAGCUCCUGGAGCAACCUCCCUCCGCAGCUUUCCCUUCCCCACCUUGUCCCGUGCUCUCCGCAGGCAGGGCUGAGCCUCUCCCAGGGGAUCUUUGCCAGCGCUUUCCCUGGAUCUUGCUGUCUUCCCUUGGAAUCCAGCGCCAGAGGAAAACAGCAACUUCCCGGGACGCUUUCAAACUGUCUUAGGAUCACACGUCACCUGAUCCCCCGGGGCUGUUGAGGAUUCUGCGAGCAGACCGCUGGGUUUCCACACUUUCGAGUCACAUGCCUCCACUUUUCCCUCUUUAUUUUUUUUCUCUUUUUUUUUUUUGGUGUUUCCCCCCCCCCACCCCCCCCCCUUUGAUCCCUUUUUUUUUUUUACACGCCCACCGCUUUGCGAAAAGUGCGAGAUGUUUGGAGCGAGCUUCUCUCCCCCCAGUCCGAGCAGUGGGGCCAAAUUGCCUUUUGUCUGUGAGUAUUUCUUUGUCCUUUCAGGGCCUCCUGUGAGCGCGGUGAGCCCGUGUGUGGUACCCGGGCGCUCACACCGUGCCCGGGGCUGCCCGUGCAUGUUCGGGCGUGUUGUGCUGACCCAGGCUGGGAUCUCACCCAAGCAGCCAGGUUUUAGUCGGGAUAUUUGGGAUGGGAAUUGCGGGACCCCGAGCCUGGCACUCGCCCCGUUCCCAGCGUGGAGGGGUCAGCAGGGCCCGGCCCAGCACGGAGGGGGAUUUGCUUUGCUAGCAGUUUGUCCCCCCACCCUCUUCUCCUGCUCUGGCAUCACCAAUUCCCCCUCUCCAAAAUCCCUUUGGACCUUGUGCUUCGUGGUCUGGGGGCUCAGAUCCAACCCGCUAAUCCUUGGGGCUGGCGGGGCUGCAGCUUCCCGGUGUCCUGGCCCUGGAGAAGGACUGGAUGUUGGUUGUCCUUGCCCUGGAGAAGGUGGCCAAGGGUGGGAUUUUUGUCCCCCCUUAUCCCUGGGGCUGGUGGGAGUUGCAGCUUCCCAGUGUCCCAGCCAUGGAGAAGGCGACCAAGGGCUGGAUGUUGGUUGCCCCGGCCCCAAGGUGGUGGCCAAGGGCUGGAAGUUGCCCCCGUGUCCCUGUGGCACCAGCACGUGUGGAUGUCACGCAGCCAGGUCCCCUCUUCCCUUUGAUGCAGUUCCCGAGGGGGUGAGGAGCAGCGAUGGGGCUCUGGGUGCUAAUUACCCCCUCAAUUAACGCUCCCUCUCCCAGUGGGAACGCUGGGCUUCCCUUGCCACAGCCCCGCGCCGAGAUCCCCCAUCCCCUCUUUCGGGGACAACCUCGGAGCAGAAUUCCCUGCCCCGAUCCCCACCACGGCAAACCAAAAACAAUCCAGAAACGCCCCCAAAUUCCCCUUUUCCUCCUUCUUUUCCCCCACAAAUCCAGCGCCUCGGAGCUGGGCUUGUCUCUGACCCCUCAUCUCCGAGCUCCCGCCCGUCCCUUCCCCUCCCCGGCUGCCACCUGGAGCUUGGACAACCGGGAUUCUGGGAAGCCCAUCGGCCCCGGGGGAGCCCCCCCGACCCGAGGGAGCCCCCAAAUCCAGGGAAAGCCCCCACCUCCCCGCAGCCUGGGUUUUUUUGCAUGUUCUAGCAAGGUGCAUGUCCAAGGAGGGGAGUCGGCAAUGGGGCGGGUGGUGGGUUGAGUUCAAGCUUAAUUUUCUUUUUGGGGUUGGGAGAACCCCUCUGGCUGCCUCUGGCACAGAUCCCACCUGGCCAGGGGAGCUGGCAGGGAUGCAGAUCCCACCAAAACCUCGGCCAGGGAGGACCUGAAGCCCUCCCAGGGGUGCAGCGAUGGUGAUUUUAGGGUUCUCGAUGCUGAAGGAUCAUACGCCCGUUGCCUGGAGACUGCCUCCUUUUUAAUUUUUAUUUUUAUUUUUAUUUCUUGCUUCUUUUUUUUUUUUUUUUUAGUUCUGUUGAAAGGAGAAAAAAAAUGGUGAAAAUGUUAUUUAUUGGCAGAAAUUAUUUAAUAUAAUUUCUUUUUUUUUUUUUUGUGAAACAAGGAAUGAAUUUGUUAGAACUGUCUCGAUGUAAAUCGGAGUCAUCUUUAAGGAGGAAAAAAAAAAGAAAAAAAAGUUAAAAAUUGACACAGUCA